AUGAGACCUGUGUCACGGGUCACACCCUCCGUGGAGAGGAGUGACCCGGCCACAAAACUCAGCCAAAGCACGAUUGAAAAAAUACGCAGAGACGCAAGACACAACGAAGAAAAUAAUUCUCCAAGGUUUAUGUCUCCUAAGAAGAGGAAGCGUGCAGCACCUAUAGCAGACUUCGAUAACUUCAAUGAAGUUGAUGGGAGAAGAUUUUUGAUGGAGCGCGACGACGUACUCUCUGCCAGAUGCAAGUUUUUAAAAGAGAUAAAGACAUUUAUACAUUCUGACAAGACGUUCAUCUACUUGGACGAAACUUGGAUUAAUCAGAAUCACACUGUUUCGAAGUGCUGGACAGACACCACCUCGGAGAAGGCUGUGAAAGAGCGAGUACCAUCAGGAAAAGGUGGCCGCUGGAUUAUUCUACAUGCCGGAACCAAAAAUGGAUUUGUUCCUGAGGCUUCCCUGGUCUUCAAAGCAAGAAAUAAGGGAAACUACCAUGAUCAGAUGAAUGCCGAGACCUUUGAGAAGUAG